AUGCGCCACAUCAGCUGCCUGCUCCCGGGACUCCUCCUCAUCCUCGGCGUGACCGGCGCGGAUGGCUUUGCCCCGGCAGGUUGCCAGGGCCACCGCCUCUGCAGCACCUACAGGACCAUCUACAGGGUUGCCUACCGGCAGGCGUACAGGCAGCUGCCCCAGCCCACGGCAUCGUGCUGUCCCGGCUGGAGCAGGGCUAACAGCCACGCGCUCGGCUGCAACAGAGCUCUUUGCUGGGUGCCGUGCCAGAACGGUGGGAGCUGUACCUUCCCCGGCAGAUGCACCUGCCUGCCCGGCUGGAUGGGGCGAACCUGCCAGACAGACGUGGAUGAAUGUGCCGGCCAGAGCCACGGCUGCGGGCAGCUCUGCAUCAACACGGCCGGGAGCUACCAGUGUGCCUGCCGGGAUGGCUUCACCCUCGCUGCUGAUGACAAGGCGUGCCAGCCCCUGGGGCCAGAGCCCGGGCCAGAAACCUUCAGCCAAGCAGGUCCCCCCGGUGAAAUGAAGGAAGAAAUGCAAGACCUGAAGAGCAGAGUGGAAGCGCUGGAGCAGAAACUCCAGUCGGUGCUGGCCCCCUUCCACAACCUCAUGCCAUCUGCGCCGGAGGAUGUCGGCGCAGAUCCCAUCAGCCGGCUGUCCCACUCCCUCCAGCAACUGGACAGAAUCGACUCCCUGAGCGAGCAGAUCUCUUUCCUUGAGGAGCGUCUGGAGACGUGUUCCUGCAAGAACGAACUCUAGCUGAGCGCCCGAGGACUUGGAGCAAGCCAAGUGCAUCCGCAGCUCUUCUCUCCCUCUCCAGCCCCAGGCUGGGGACGAAGCCACAUCAUCUACAGGAAGGCACAGGGUAGCAGGGGAAGGCUGGUUUCCCACCAGCAUCUCCAUCAUUUUCUCUUCCAACUCACCGUCUCAAAGCAGUGACUUCCAAACUGGACUCCGAGCCCUCAGCAUCUCACCCCCUUCCUGCUGGAGAGGCAGAAAAUAAACACCUUACCUGUGCCGUUAGUGCCUGCCUGGCUGUGCCGGAGAGCCCGG